AUGCCGUGGGUCUCGUGUUCUCCCAGCUCAUCUACCCACUCCUCUCCGGUCAGACGAGUCCAGGGCCCGGACAUGAACUCCCAGCAGACACCGCAGGCUCGGAGGUUCCCCAUAGAGGCAGGCGACUGUCCCAGCUCAGCUGUGCCUCCCGAAACGCAGGAGCCGGUAGGCGCUGAGCGGUCUGUGGGAAGGCAGCUGCGGCGAUGCCCCGGCAGCCACUGCCUGACGCUGCCCAACGUCCCCAUUGACGUCUUCAUCGCCAUGGGAGGGAGCGGCAGGCCUCGCACCACCUAACGCCCCCCGCGCCAGCGCCGCGCCGGCCGC